AUGAUAAACUCUACACAGGUUUCAUAUUUCACACUUUCUGCUUAUUUUAACACAAGGGGUUUCAAAUACUUAUACUUCUUGCUGAUUUUGUCCUUAUAUGUGUUCAUAGUGUGUGCCAAUGUGGUGCUGAUUGUGGUUAUCUGUGUGAACAGGAGCUUACAUGAACCUAUGUACCUUUUUCUGGUCAGCCUGUUUGUAAAUGAACUGUAUGGUAGUACAGGGUUGUUUCCAUUCCUUCUGGUUCAGAUCCUCUCGGACAUUCACACUGUUUCUGCUCCCUUCUGCUUCCUGCAGAUUUUCAGUUUAUAUACUUAUGCAUCUAUACAAUUUAGUAACUUAUCCAUCAUGUCUUAUGACAGAUAUCUUGCUAUCUGUUAUCCUCUGCAAUAUCACACACGUAUGACAUCUAAAAAGAUUGUCGUAAUUGUUGCUCUUACAUGGUUAUUGUCAUUUGUUGGAGUUGGAGUCACAAUAUCUUUAAGUUCCUCUUUACAGCUGUGUGGAAACAUUAUUAACAAAGUGUACUGUGACAACUAUAGUGUUGUCAAGCUGGCCUGCUCUGAUACAACAGCCAAUAACAUUGUUGGACUUGUUUAUUUAUUUGCAGUAAUCUUUGGUCUUAUAAUCUUGAUUCUUUUCUCCUACAUGAGGAUCCUUAAAGUGUGUUUUUCUGGUUCUAGACAGACCAGACAGAAAGCUCUCAGUACCUGCACACCUCACCUUUUGUCCCUGCUCAAUUUUUCCUUUGGAGCUUUCUUUGAAUUAAUACAGAGCAGGUUUGAAAAUAACUAUUUACCCAAUAUGUUGCGUAUUUUUCUGUCAUUGUACUGGCUUACAUGCCAACCACUCAUCAACCCUUUACUGUACGGACUGAAAAUGUCCAAAAUACGCAUUGUAUGUAGAGAUCUGCUCUCUGGGGGGGAAAGGUAA